AUGGAUGCCAGCGGCGAAACACACCGCCUUCUCUCCUACAUGCCCGCGCGACUGCAGGAACUGGGAUGGUGCGACCGAGUGCGCGAGGAGUGUCGCUAUUGGCUGAAGAAAAACAGUGCCAGCGGACAGCCGGUUGUUGCGGGCGCAAAACCGGCCGGCAUCAAGGAUCCCGUGGAAAUACCGACCUCGGACAUUGUCGCAGCGCUGGAGGAUAUCGCCAAAACCUGGGUGCCUGACCAGUUGUGUGAUGAAAUCGUGCAACAGAUAAUGAAGGUGAUAGAGGACAAAUUAAUGGACUGA